GUAACUUACAGAUAGCACUUUCUAAAUUAUAAAAUUAUACAAAUGUUAUGUACAGUAUUGUGUAUCUAACGCUAUACCAUCUUGGCUCAUCAGCUAGGGUGAAGCUUUCCGGCUACUAGUACCAUGUAAAGUUCACGAUAGGCUGAUAAGUUAAUAAUCUUUUCGCCUUAGCUAUUGCCUAUCAGUCUAUCUUUUUGCACAGUAGAUACUAUGGCUGAGAGAGAAGGAGCAAACAGCAUAAGCCGACUUCGCUUACAUUAGGAAAUUCUAAAAUUUUAUUUUGAAAUAAUUUUGCUUUCAUCAAUCGUUCUCGUACUGGUACCGGAUACGAUCUUUGUUAAAGACGGAGCCAGUGACGUCUUACCUACCUACCUAGGGUAUCUACCACGAUAAUCCCGAGACCAAUCUUUCAUCUUCACGACACGCCAAUUGACCAUAAUUGGUUGACCACUCGACAAUGUUUCUACCUGCCCUUCGAGGCACCUCGCGUGCGCUUCGCUCAUUUUCAAGAAUCUCGACACCUGCCACAGCUCAAUAUAUAACAAGAAGAGCACAAUCUACCGUCGUAGAUGUUCAACAGCAACUACUAUCCGCCCAUCUACAUGAAGCUGAUCCAGCCGUGUUCGAUAUUAUCGAGAAGGAGAAAGACCGACAAAAACACUUCAUCAACCUGAUCCCCUCCGAAAACUUCACAUCGCAAGCUGUCCUAGAUGCGCUAGGCAGUGUAAUGCAAAACAAGUACUCAGAAGGCUAUCCUGGAGCAAGAUACUAUGCUGGCAACGAGUUCAUCGACCAAUCUGAGAGGCUCUGCCAACAAAGAGCCCUCGAGACGUUUGGCUUAAACGAGAAGGAAUGGGGUGUCAAUGUUCAGCCGCUCUCCGGAGCCCCCGCAAACCUCUAUGUCUACUCUGCCCUGAUGGAUACCCACGACCGACUCAUGGGCUUGGAUCUCCCCCAUGGUGGCCACCUCUCCCACGGUUAUCAAAUACCCAACAAAAAGAUCUCGGCGGUCUCCAAGUACUUCGAAACCGUCCCAUACCGAUUGAACGAAGAGACGGGCCUAAUUGACUACGAGAAACUUGAUGAGCUAGCUCAGAUCUAUCGACCAAAGAUUAUUGUUGCUGGCGCCAGUGCCUACGGCAGGUUUAUUGACUACAAGUCGAUGAAAGAUACGUGUGAGAAGGUAAACGCAUACUUGGUCGCCGAUAUUGCGCACAUAUCAGGAAUGGUCGCAGCCAAGGUUAUUCCUAACCCAUUCAGCUUCGCUGAUAUCGUAACGACAACGAGCCACAAGAGUCUACGCGGUCCCCGAGGCGCCAUGAUCUUCUACCGAAAAGGUGUGAGAAAAGUAAACCCCAAGACGAAAGAGGAGAUAAUGUACAACCUGGAAAACCCCAUAAACAGCUCGGUAUUCCCGGGCCACCAAGGCGGCCCUCAUAAUCACACUAUCACUGCACUUGCUGUAGCAUUGAAGCAGGCACAGACACCUGAGUUCCGAGCUUACCAAGAACGGGUCCUGGCGAAUGCGCAGGCCCUCGCGGAUCGCCUAGGCAAACCCAAGAGCAGUGGUGGCCUCGGAUACACCCUCGUUAGCGGUGGUACAGACAACCAUUUAGUCCUCGUCGAUUUGAAACCUCAGGGCGUGGACGGCGCUCGAGUCGAGCGUAUCCUGGAGUUGGUCGGUGUGGCUAGCAAUAAGAAUACCGUACCCGGAGACAAGUCAGCAAUGAUACCUGGUGGUCUACGCAUAGGCACACCGGCGAUGACAACGCGCGGUUUCAGCAAGAAUGACUUUGUCCGAGUAGCCGACAUUAUUGACCGCACGGUAACGAUCGCAGCACGGGUCGAUAAAGCGGCGCGCAAGGCGGCCGAGGAUAAGGGCGAAAAGUACAAGCUUAAGUUCUUCUUCAAUUAUCUUGGCACUGGCGAGGAAGACUCGGAGAUUGUGCGUCUGCGCGCAGAGGUCUCUGACUGGGUGGGAACGUACCCGUUACCCUGGGAUGAGAAGCAAUGACGUCGAGGUGCAUAGCUGAGAAUGUAGUCAUGACGGCUCAACACUCCCGUACAAGA